AUGAAAGAAAAAAAUAACAAUAAUAUUAAAGAAAAAAGAAUAAAAAAACAGAUGCAAAAAAAGACUAAAAUAAAUAAUAACAAGGAAAAUAUAAACAUGGCAUUAUUAUCAACUAACUUAAAAAAUAUUGAAAUGAAUUUAGAAGAUAAAAUUAUAGAUGAAGACUUAUUAACACCAAGAGCCUUUGAUAGAACAAAAAAAAGUAUGGGCAUUCAAAAUUUAAUAAUGAGCAUAGAUGAGAAUAGUAAUGAACCUAAAAAUGAAACUAGUGAAAAAGAUGAUAUUAUUAUAGAUUCUAAAUCAAAUGGAAAUAUAGAUGAAUUAAAUAAUUUAAAUAAUGAAAAAAUAAAUUGUGAUAGUAUAAAUAUUGAUAAUAAAAAUAAUGAAGGAAUAAAAGAUAAGUGUGUUAAUAAUGGAUAUAUAAGUUACGAAGAUUCUAAUUUUAGUAAUGUAUUGAAGCAAAACGGUUCUUCAUUUAUGAAUAAUGGAUGGCAAACUCCAAAAAAAAGCAACGUAGGAUUAUAUUAUACAGGGAUAGAUAAUCCAUCUACCCUAAAAAAAUAUAAAACUCCAUGUGAAAUGGAUAUGAUUCAACCUGAUGAAAGCUUGAUUGGUAAUAAAUGUAUAACUAUUAAUAAUUAUGUUAAUCCUCCUAAAUAUAUAAAUAAUGUAAUAACUCCAAGUAAAUUUCCUUUAUCUGGAGAAAAUAAUAUUUUUGUAUCUUAUGAAGAUUUUAAAUCCCUUUUUAAACAUAAAGUUUGUUUGACUAGUGAACAUGAAUUUAACAAUAAUAACUCAUCGAUUCAAAAUGAAAAUUAUGAAGGAAUAAAUUUGAACUACGAAAAUAAUGCAUGGCCAAAUAAAAAGGAGGAAUUUAAUUCCAUAAAAAAAAUAAAGAAAAUUUAUAAUAGUAGUAACUGUUCCCCAAAAAAUAAAAAAAAGAAAAAUGAUUUCAUUAAAGUGAGUACGAAAAGGCUUUUGGACGAAUUAGGUGAAGCUCAUAAAAAUAAAGUUAAUAAUCAGAAUAAUAUUGAAACUUCUAAAAAAAUUAGGAGUGACAACAGCCAAGAAAAAGAAGAGGAUAGUACAAUUGUCAGUUUAAUUGAUUACGAAAUCAAACCUGUAAUUAGGAGUGAAAAACAUAAGGAAGAAAAAGAAUUCAAAUCAAUGGAAUUACUAUCUAAAGAGAAACAAAAUCCAUUAAGUCCUAUAUAUGAAGCUUACUCUAUAGAUUUAGAUGAAUUAUUUAAAGAUGAAACAUUUAAAACUCCCAUUAAUUUAUUGAUGAUUUAUCAAUAUUUAUUAAUUGUUAUAUCAAGACGAAAUCAAAAAAAUCAACCUGUUUUUUAUCAGCUAAUUAAAAAAGAAAUGUCCUAUUUAACUCCAUAUAGUUCCUUCAAUGAAGAGUCGUUAAAACAAUUAGCAUGGAUUGCUCCUAGUUUAAUUCAACUAAAUAAAGUAAUUGUUACAAAAGAAAUUCUUGAAGCUAAUCAACAAUCUUAUCCUGAUUAUAUAACUGGAAAAAAAAUAGAAGAUAUACAAAUAAGGGAACAUAGUGAAAGUUGUGAAAAUAUAUAUAAAUAUUCGGCAAAUGAUAAAAUUGAAAUGCUAAAAAGAAUUCUUAUUAAUUGGGCAAAUAUAAAACACAGUGAAUUAUUAAAAAAAUUAAAUCCAAAUUUUUAUAUUCCAAAAUAUUUUCAAUUAAAAAAAUGGCAUUCGAAAUUUGAUUUUAAAGAAAUUAUAUUCCCAACAGUUACAUUAGAAGAAAACAAAAUGCUUGCUCAAUUAUCUCAUACACCUCAAGAAAGUAAUGCAGAUGAUUUUAUAGUAAUUCAAGAUAGCCCAAUAAAAUGUGUUACAAAUGAUUUAAGAAAGAAUGGAACAUUUCUGGAAGAUAUAGAAAAAGAGAGGACUAGAACUCCAUUGGGAAAAAAUAAAAGAAAAUCAAAUUUUUUAGGAUCUUUUACAAAUGUGUGCAAUCAAGAUUCUCCCAAAAAAAAAGAAACUAAAAAUAUGAAACAAAUUAGAGAAGAAGCUAAUAAAAAAAAAAUUAUUAAAGAAAUUAAAAUAGAAUUCGAUAAAGAACAUGAAAUGUUAUUAGAUGAGAAAAAAAAAUUGGAAAAUGCAAAAUGGAUUGCUGAAAUAAUUCAUGAUAUAUUUAUUGUUGAAGGAACUCAAACAGUUAUGGAAUUAAACACUUUUUCAAAAAAAGUAGCAGAUAAAUAUAAAAGUAAUAAAAAUUUUCAGAUGGAUGAAAUAAAAAUCAGUGAAUUGAUAGAACUAUUAUCAGAACACAUAACUGAUAUAAAUAUAAAACCUAGUAUGAUGGAUAAAAAUAAAAGGAAUAUAUCAGUCAAAUCAAAGAAAAAUCUUUACAACUUUUUAGAGCCUAUUUCCAAAAAGAUUAAUGAAAUUUCGAAAAAGUACCAAGAAUUAAAAAAUAAUAAAGAAAAUAGAUUAAAUGAGCUUUGGACAAAGCAUAAUGUAAAAUAUGAACUUUCUGAAAAUAUUAAAAGAUAUUUUUUAAACCCAGGAUCUAUUUCUAUAUCUGAUUUAUAA